UUAUUGCCGAACCGCGUGAAAUGCAGACUUAUUUAGCUCUGGCUGCUGUGCUCUUUAGCUACCUAGGAGCUGCCCAGUUUUUGGAGGAACCGUGUGGAAUGAAUUUAAUUGGAAACAAAAUAAUCGGUGGAUUUGAUGCAGGAACAGAAGCUGCCGCAUGGAUGGUAGCUGUUAGCAAUGACACCCAUUUCCUGUGUGGCGGAACGCUGAUUCACAAACGCUUCGUCUUAACUGCUGCUCAUUGCAUUAAUAGUGGAAAAAAACUGAUCGUGAAAUUGGGAGCAUACAACAGAAGUCAACCUACAGCUCAGUACAAUGUGUUAGCUGCAAUACCGCACCCACUUUACAACAACUUCCUAAGCGUCCAUGAUGUGGGCCUUCUGAAACUAGCGAACAGCGUCGUCUUUAAUGCCUUAAUUCACCCAAUUUGCAUUAUUUUGAACCAUAAUAUAAAGAGCCAAGUAGAGCUCACGCGGACAUUUAAAGCCUUUGGCUGGGGAGAAAAAGGUGAUGGCAAGCAAAGCGACAUUCUUCAAGCCAUCACUCUUAACCAUUUGAAAAGAGCCGAUUGCCACAGACGUUUGGGUAUGAAUCUCACUCAGCAACAGAUAUGUGCUGGUGUUCACAACGGAGACACCUGUCGUGGCGAUUCCGGUGGUCCUUUGACCAACAAUGUCUCUCUUAAUAAUGGCAGCGUUCGCGAAGUUCAGUUUGGUAUAGUAAGCUAUGGCACUCGAAUGUGCAAUGACACGGGGGUGUAUACCGAUGUGUCAAGCUAUGUGGACUGGAUAAAAGAAUCAAUUGUCAAGGACAUGUGGCUGUACAGUGACUGCGGUGGUGAGUCCAUUGCAUCCAACUUUCAGGCCAACAUUAUCGGACUUGAUUUCAAGACCCAGGGCGUGCUGAUCACAGACCGUUUUGUUAUCUCAAAUGCCAGAGACUUGCGGGGAAAUACUGCUUCGCUAAAAGUAAUUGUGAUAGGAAUGGGGAGAUCCUAUGGAGAAUAUAGAGUUGACUCAGUCUUCAAGCACCAGAAGUGUUCAGAUAACACAUAUGACAUCGCAUUACUUAGACUUAAUGGCUCGGUGAUGUACAGAGAUGGAUUUAAACCGAUUUGUAUUCUUUCAAAUGUUCAAAUCCAAGAGAGGGGCGAAUUUGUGUCGCCCUUUACCGUAUUUGACUAUGUGCGAACUGAAGAACCCGUGCAAAUUGAUGCUGUUAGCGUUGCGCCUAUUGAUUCCUUUGAAUGCUCACAAAUACUUCAGAAGUCAAUUGAAACAGAUGAAGUUUGUUUUAUAACUCCCCGCGGAAUGAGUCAGAAAUUCGGAAUUCCAGGCGACAUUUUAGGAAAAAGUAUGGUACAUUUCAACAUAGAACGUUUCGUUUUGUUUGGUUUUAUCAGUUAUUCAUACAAUCACUUGCACGUUGUUACAAAUAUAAUGAGACAUACAGAGUGGAUCGCAAAUACCGUCGAAUUAAAUCAAUUAUAGCAACCAAAUUAAAUUGCUUUUCCAUAGUUUUAAAUUACUUUUACAAAUUAAAUAAAUUACGGGUUUUAAUACAGUUCCACCCAGCUCAUGUUUAAAAGAAAAAGUCCUUGUCGGCUUUUUUUUAAUGUUCUUAACUUUAUUUAUAUGUACUUAAUGCGUAUAUUUAAUUUGAUUAAAUACAGUGACUAUGUUUCUUUGCACAUA